AUGGAAGAUUUUGAUCCACUUGACUUAUUUUCCCCCGAUGAAAGGCCAUCCGUGGAGAAUGUCCAAAUCGAGGAGCACGCCAACUGUUCAUUAAAAGAAUCGGAAACACCAGAAGACUCACAAGUAUCAAAUGAUCUGGAUGAUGAACAAGAGGAACAGGAAGUAGUGCACAUACUAGAUCUUCCUCAUAUUUCAUUGAAACCUUCGUUUUCAAAUCUUUUGUUCAUUUUGAAAUUAUUUCAACCUGAAGUGCAGUACAAUUUUAGCUCCAAACCUGCAGGGUUUACAACUGUGAACCACGAUAGCAUCAAUGACAAAGAGUUUUUUAACUCCAAGGGAAUAUCAGAAGAGGAUGUAGUAGAAUCCAUAGCUUGGUUCACCAAUUUAUCACUUACAAAACUCAUAAAACCGAGUAAUUUAAAAACAAUACCAUAUCUCAGGUUCUCAUCUCCACUUGAAUUCUUCAAUUAUAUCACAUCAAUUGUUUCCUCAGAUUUGUCCUGGAUCCAAGGUGCUACCCUUAAGGAAACUAACAAACUCAGAGAUGAAAUAUGGAAAGCAGCAGGCUUAAGACUAGCAGAAAAUUGUGGUAGAACUGCCCAGCCUGAAUUCGUCCGUCUGAUUGUUUUUGACUGCGUUGCAAAUUCUAAGUUUAACGUGAAACUAAAAGAACCCUCAUUAACAGAGGAUAAUUUGGGUUUGAAAACAUGGGGAUCCUCUUUGAUAUUGGCUGAAAGAUUAAUAAAGAAUUAUUAUAAUGAUGAGGAGAAAAAGAAUUACCUUAGACACCCAAUCCUAGAACUAGGUGCAGGCACAGGUUUAGUUGGAAUGGCUUGCGGGAUAAUAGAAAAAGAAAACAUCAUAUCUAUGGAGAAUGAAAAUACUUUGACAAAAAAUAUGAAUAAAAUAUUCUUGACUGAUUUACCUGCGAUUAUCCCAAAUUUGCAAGAUAAUGUGAAUUUGAAUAACUUAUCGUCAAUUUGUGAAGUUCAGGCCCUUGACUGGCAGGAUCCUUCAUCAUUUGACGAGGAAUUGGGAAUUUUCGGUGCAACUAACUUAUUUAAGACAAUCAUUUUGUCAGACCCAGUUUAUUCUUCCUCACAUCCCUAUCUCAUUGUUAAUAUGAUCAAACGGUAUUUAGAUUUCGAAAAUCACGGAACAGUGCUCCUUGAGCUUCCUGAAAGAGAAAAAUUUGAGGAAGUUAGAGAGUUGCUUUGGGGACUCAUUAAAGAUGAUGAAAAAUUAUCCUGUUUAAAACUAGUUGAUGAGGAUAUUGAAAAUGGAUUCGAUGAUUUCGGUAAACAGAGAUUAAUAUUUAAACACUGGAUUUCCUGA